UGCGGAAAUUUUCAGAGCAACCAAUAAACCUUCAUGAAGAUCAUGUGAGGUCAUAUGGGCAAGGGCUCAUUGAAGUUGUGAAGGUUGAAGCGAUGACUGGUUCCGAUGAUCCGUUACGUAGAGGAGAAGGUCAAAGUUCUUACUAUGGUAAAAAUCCACAGCUGUUGAUCGUUCUGAAGAAUGGCAGGGAGUAUCGCGCAGAGCUGCACUACAGGAAGACAGCAGGUCAAAAAUAUACAAUACAAUUGGGAGCCAAAACUGCUUUCGAACCGCGACUUGCCUGCACCCACGGAGACAUAGACAAAGUUUAUCUCGAGGCUCAAGGAGGGGAUGGAUGGUACGUUGCAUCGAUCAACACCUACACCGCAGGAUCAAACAAAGUCUUCACUGAGCUGACCAUUGAUCCAGGCUUUAGUAUGUGGGUGGACAUCGAUGAAGAACACCUUUACUCUUACAAUGCCAGAAAGCUCCUCCUUACCAAUGCUGUCGCAGGAUCCUGUAUCACAUACAUACGUGUAAAUGCAGUGACGGGACACAUGUAUGGAGCUGAAUCUUCAACGUCGUACACUAAGUAUAAAAGUCACAUGAUAGUUCUCACUUUAUCAAACAACCAAAAAUAUCAGGCCGAACUUGAAGGACCCAUGUAUCGAGGGCAAUCCUAUGUGCGAGAGCUAAACUUUGCAGCCCGGUUUGGAACCACAAACUGCGUGUCGUUAUCUGACAUUAAGCAAAUCCACUUAAAGGCUAGUAGUAACAAAUACGAAGAUUGGUACAUAUCAUCCAUUCGCAUCUCUGCUAAGACUGGUGUGGAACAGUACAUGGAUCUGACAAGUGAUCCACACCUUAACAAGUGGCUUAGAGGGUACGAUUCAAAAGAAAUCAAACUAACAUGGGUACAUCAAGAGACCCUCAAUUGUGAAUACGGAAAUCCAACGUGCGAAUGCAUGGCACACGCAAAGGUUUGUAAAUUUAAUCUUGAAAUUGACGAAAUUCGAACCUUCACCAGCUAUCAAAAGUUGUCAGUGGAUGAGCCCACAGGGGUUGCGAUGCGAGGAUCUCAGGGAGUGAUUUAUUAUCUCGAUAACGAUGGGUCUCCCACACCACUCCAGGAUGACAGAACAUGUUCAACACAAGACAGCGCCAAGUGCACUUAUCCCCAAUUUGUUGAUGGUAAAACAUAUCGUUUGGCAAUAGCCGUCAAUGGACUAAUUCCUGGACCUACCUUGAUUGUUCACGAAGGGCAAACUGUUGAGGUGCAUGUUCACAAUAAUCUCACCACUGAAGGUAUUUCAAUUCACUGGCAUGGUAUGCAUCAGAGAGGGACACCUUGGAUGGAUGGUGUGGGGCAAGUAACUCAAUGUCAGAUAGGACCAUCAUCGACCUUCACAUACGUUUACAAAGCUGAACCUGCCGGCACGUUUUGGUACCACUCUCACAGUGGCGCUCAAAGAACAGAUGGCUUCUUUGGUGGACUUGUUGUAAAAGAAAGUCCUGAGAAAAUGACCCAGAUUCGAGAUAAACUCCAUAGGCACCGUGCAUUUGAAGACCUUCCAGACCAGCACACCUUAACGCUUCUAGACUGGCAACAUGAGGCAUCCUUAGACCUGUUCACACAGAUUCACGCCAGUUUGGGCUUUUACCCAGGCAAGCCGCUGGGAGAGGUGCCAACUAAAGAUGAUUUAAAGCGGCGGUAUGACUCCACGCGUAGUUAUGAAGAAGGAGAGGUUGGGCCAGUCCCGUAUUUUUCCGGAAUUAUAAAUGGAAAAGGCAGGCAUGAUGAUGUUCCAUACAUCAAAACCAGACUAAGUAUAUUUUCUGUUCAGGCUGGUAAGACGUAUCGCUUUCGGCUCAUUGGAGCCCAAAAUCUGUACGCCUACAAAUUCUCCAUUGAUGGUCAUAAGCUGACUGUGGUGGGCACUGAUGGAUACUGGAUCCAGCCUGUAGAAAACGUUGAUUACAUCAUCAUUCACACCGGAGAGAGGUUUGACUUCCUACUUGAAGCAAAACAUACAAGAAAAGACUACUGGAUACGUGCAGAGACUCUGGAGAUUGAUCACAAUGGCCAAGGGCCACCAUACAAGUCAUUAGAACAUGUGGCAGAAGCUAUUUUGCACUACGAACAGGAUGGAGACUCGGCCGACCCCAAUGUUAAUGUGCCGUCGACAGAAUACGAAGAUAUAAAAAGAAGGUCUCCACCCCUACAGUGCUCCUCCUACAAACCAUGCAAAGCACUAAACUGCCCAUUCAAGAACUUCCAUCCAUCUUAUCAUGUUACCUGUAUUAAUGUUCAAGACCUACGUUUACUUGAGCCAACUCCACCAGCGGAGCUUCCGAACGCAAACCCUAAAACCCCAGGGCAAUGCCAAAAUUGUCGACAUUUCAUCAACUUCAACUUUGAGGGUGACUCUCAAACUAGUGCAGUGAAUGGGCGCAAUUUCAUUCUUCCCUCCUUUCCUCCUCAAACCCAACCUGAAGAGUUUCUCAAAAAGGACAAUAUUUGUGACCUGAAAGCCGACUGCAACCCAUCAACACCCGCGUGCUCAUGUGUGCAAGUGAUAACUAUUCCCCAUAAGGAAACUAUUCAAUUGGUAUUUUCAGCAAUUGGUGCUUACCACAACGCUCAUCCAAUUCACCUUCAUGGCCAUACCUUCCAUGUCGUUCAUGUCGGAUACCCAGAUUAUGACCCAAAAACUGGUUUUAUAACAAAGCACAACAGUGAUAUAUACUGCGAUGACGUUCACUGCACACAACAGAACUGCGAUAAGAGGAGAUGUACCAGACCAAGAUGGAACCGAGAAAAGCGCUUUUCUAUAGAUUCCCAUACGAUCAGAAAGGACACAGUUAUGCUCCCUGCUGGAGGGUACGUUGUUAUCAACUUUCUAUCCGAUAAUCCUGGCAACUGGUUUCUUCACUGCCACAUAGAGGUACACCAGCUCGAGGGAAUGGCAAUGAUUGUCAAUGAAGCUCCACACGAGCAAAGUCAAUUGCAACCACCGAAAGAGAUGAACAAGUGUGGAGACGUUGAGAUAAGUGUCCAAACGUAUCAAAACUAUCAAUCCAAGUUCCACAGAAUGUACGCUUAGCUGCCAAAAGAAAGCUUUUAGCACUCUGAGCAGCCGAAAGUCUAACUACAACCACUAAGCUCUUAGUCAAAACUAUAACAAAAUUCUCGAACGUGAUUGGUUAUCACCAGCCCGAUUUGAGCACUAAUAGGACAGUGCACGCGUCAUGCUUGUAAUUGGACAGUAUAAUAGGAUAUUUUAAGGGAUAGUAAACACGUCGUGCCUAUGUUAGUGGACAAAACGCGUCAUGUGCGUGCGUUGUCACGCAUUUCACCAAGUUAACAGUUUUUUUUAACUAAAAACGUAUAACCGAUGUCUAUUUUCUUUCUCAAAUUUUGUCAUGGUUUUGACUAUUUUGUAACAGGACUUCGUGUCUUCCAAUUCUG